GACUGCUGGUUUUGAAUGAAAAGCAUUAAGUAUAUCUUUAUUUAUUUUCUUUAUACAGGUUAUGGCAACAUCUCCCCUUCCACCCGUGCUGGCCAAUCCUUCACCAUUGCAUAUGCUUUGAUUGGUAUUCCUCUCUGCGGUGUUGUCCUGGCCCAGAUUGGCACCAAGCUCCAUGCUAAGUUCAAGCUCCUCAUCAACAAGAUCGCACAAUGCUUUGAACAAUGCCAGACAAGAUCUUGGGUGGUACCCGCUGUACAAGGAUUGGUCCUCACUCUAAUCCUGUUUGGUUUUGGUUUGAUAAUACCUGCGGCUUGUUUCUCUGUGAUCGAGGGAUGGAGUUUCUAUGAGUCUUGGUACUACUGCUUUAUCACUUUGACAACCAUAGGCUUUGGUGACUACGUAGCAGGGACCAACUCUGACAUCCCAUACACCGUGGUCUACAAAUGGUUCACACUCCUCUGGAUCUUCUUCGGUCUUGUCAUCAUGGCAACUGUUAUCUCAAAGAUGACCGACUGGCUGUCAGAAAGGACAGAGAAUGUCAAGGUCUCCAUGAAACGAGGAAAUAAAAAAGAGGAUGGAAGCGAUGACAGUCAUGGAAAGCUAAAUGGUGAUGACAAAGAAAAAAAUGUUGAAAAUGUAGAAAUGGACGAAGGAGUUAAUGGUCAACCGUAGCUAUUUAUCAGUGUAGUUUGUACAUUGUAUCAUUUUUUAUUUAUUUUUUUAUCAUAUUUUUUGAGCGCAUUUUUUUACAUCAUUCUUUCACUUGCUUAUGAAGAGUCUUGAUUUCUGGUGAUGAUCAUUAUUGUAAUGAUCUGUGAUAUAUUUUGAAAGGUCAAGGUCACAAUAACAUGUUUUCAUGUUACCCUUCUGAAGUCCUUGUAAGUGCGAUAUCUUUAGAUUUACUUAACCUAGGCUCAUAUUAUUUGGUGUGUAUGAUACUAGCAUGAUUCUCAGGAAGCCUUUUGAUUGUGAGGUCCAAAGGUCAUGGUCACAGUGACAUAUUUUUCAUCUUAGCCUUCUGAAGUUCUUGUAAACGCGAUACUUCAGUUUAACUUAACCUAGGCUCAUACUAGCAUGGAUCCCAGGUCUUUUGAUGUGAGGUCAAAGGUCAAGGUCACAGUGACAAGUUUUUGAGUUACCCUUCUGAAGUUCUUGUAAGCAUGAUAACUUUUAUAGUUUAACUUAAUCUAUGCUCGUAUAAUUUGGUGUGUAUGAAAGGAAGUCUAUUGAUGCCAAUGACACCAACUGUGUAUAUGAUAUUGUGUAUAUGAUAUUGAUUUCCUUUUGAAAAUUUAAUUAGACAAACCUUCAUUAAUUUAUUUGUUUAUGUUCAUGAUUCUAAAAUAUACAUCCUAAAAAUUCAUAUGGGAUUGGAAAUUUUAUUAUUCACCUUGGCAGUUUUCUUGCAGUGUACUAUUCUAGCAUGUGACAUAAUAAGUAAAUCCUUUGAAGGGUAUUAUAAUAAUCAAUUAACUUUAUUUAUUGCAAGAAACUAGAAAAUAAACUUUGGCAUAAAUUUUUUGCAUUAUUGAAAGCACAUAUGAAGGCAAUACCUGAAACUAUAUAUUUAAGAUCCAUGGUUUGAGGGACAGUAAUUUUCCACUUUGUCAAAUCUGUGUUUGUAUUGUUUUUGUAAUGUCCUAUGUUAAUGCUUUAAAACUCAUUUUGAGUAUUCGCCUGUAGCCCCCCCCCGCACCCACUGUUGUCUGUAAGUAUAAUUCAUGUACAAUGUAUAGUAUCUUCAGUUAUUAUCUGUGAUGUGAUAUAUCGACUGUUUUUCUGGGAAAAUGAAAUUUGCUCCGGCAACAGUUGCUCUUGGCUUUAUUUUGUCUAAGAUAAAGGGGUUAGGGUUGCAAUAGGGUUUUAUGUUCAGUUUAGGGAUGGGUUUGGGAUAUGGUAUAGUGCCAAAUUCAGGGUUGAACAUUGCCAUUCCAUUAGUGUGUGAAGUUUACAUCAGAGCUAUUGUCGCCGGAGCAAAUGUCAUGGAACCGUUUAUCUUAUGCACAUUGUCACAUUGCAUGUUCAAUAAUACCCGAGGCUUUUAUUAGAGGCUGUAUAUAAUGUGUUACUUUAGCUGACAUGUUAACAAAACCGUUACUGGCUGUAUUGAAUGUCUUCCAAUGAAAAUACCUAAAGAGGCUUUUACUUGGAUAGGAAUCCAACUGAUCUCACAUGAUAUCAAAAGUGAGAAAAGUAUGCUUUUGGUGGUUGAUGGAAAUCGAACAUCAACAAGAACAUUUCAAAUUGAUGGAAAAGAGUGUUUAUGCCCCACAAUCAACCUUACUAAAUCGAACAAAGAGAAGCUUGAACGUCCAUGGAAAAUUGCCCAGACAAUAAUAGGUCUUGAAUUACCUCCAAUUGAAACUCUGUAGGAGAGAUUACUGGCAAAAGUUCAGGCUAUCCUAAAAGACCCAUCUCACCCAUAAAAAGGUAUUUCUUAAAUAAAAGCUAAUCUUAAAGAUUAAUCCCUUCCCUUCAUACUAUCAUACUCUGUAAAGUAAUUUGAAGUACAUCUUAAAAUUAUGACAGUGUGAAAGAAAACAAAUCUUUCAG